GUAUGGGAGAUUAAGUUCGUCUACUUAAGACACCCAAUUUUCAACUGUUUCUAACACUGGUUCCUACCCAAACCGACCCAGUUAUGCAAUAAUGCAUGAUUUUGAUAAUCAUCUUAGUUUUGCACAGCUACAUUCUGCGCAGUAGCCGGGUACAAUACAUGUCUGGUUUAGCAUGAAUACAUGGGAUAGCUGCAAAUGCAUAUACCCUUCACCCAAUGCCUCAUCAAACGAAAAUCCUUACUUUCGUUGCUGUGUACUUAACUCCUUCGAUAAUGACGCGCAGGUUGAUCAUCGGCUUUAUAAUAACAUGCAAAAGGGAGCUCCAAAUUACAAGCCAACUUUUCGCCGGUGUAGAAACUCGCUGUUUUGCAUCUAUUCCAAGAUCAAAGAGUUCUUUUCAGGACCUAGACUUGUAUUCCCUGAACAAAAAGAUCUCACAUUUCACCAGGAUGGGUCGGAUUAACGAAGCAAGGGCAUUGUUUGAUAAAAUAGAGCGGAGAAACACAGUUACAUGGAAUUCGAUGAUUAGUGGGUACGUGAAACGGGGAGAGAUGACCAAAGCAAGAAAACUGUUCGACGAAAUGCCUAAGAGGGAUAUUGUGUCGUGGAAUUUGAUGAUUUCAGGGUAUGUGUCGUGUCGUGGGAAGAGGUUUGUAGAGGAGGGAAGGUACCUGUUUGAUAAAAUGCCAGAGAGGGACUACGUUUCUUGGAACACGAUGAUUAGUGGGUAUGCAAAGAAUGGAAGGAUGGAUGAGGCCUUUCAGCUUUUUAAUAAAAUGCCUGAGCGGAAUGCUGUCUCGUGGAAUGCUAUGGUUACUGGGUUUUUGCAGAAUGGUGAUGUGGUGCGUGCAAUUGAGUUUUUUGAGAAAAUUCCUGAGAGGGAUGCAGCAUCCCUGAGUGUACUUGUUUCGGGUCUUAUUCAGAAUGGGGAAUUGGAUGAAGCUGCAAGAAUUUUGUUUGAAUGUGGGAAUAAUGAUGGCGGGAAGGAAGAUUUGGUGCAUGCUUAUAAUACUUUGAUAGCAGGGUAUGGUCAGAGAGGAAGGGUGGAUGAAGCUCGAAAUCUUUUUGAUCAGAUCCCAUUUUGUGAUGAGCAAGGAAACGAAAGCAGAAGGAGGUUUGUGAGAAAUGUCGUGUCAUGGAAUACCAUGAUCAUGUGCUAUGUGAAGGCGGGGGAUACUGUCUCUGCUAGAGAACUUUUUGACCAAAUGAGGGAAAGAGACACUUUUUCGUGGAAUACCAUGAUUAGUGGAUAUGUUCAUGUGUCAAAUAUGGAGGAGGCCUCAAACCUCUUUUGUAAAAUGCUGACUCCAGAUACCCUUUCAUGGAAUUCGAUGAUCUCAGGAUAUGCCCAGGGAGGUAAUAUGGAACUUGCUCAUGAUCUCUUUCAGAGGAUGCCCCAAAAGAACUUGAUCUCAUGGAAUAUCAUGAUUGCUGGAUAUGAGAAGAACGAGGAUUAUAAAGGAGCAAUUAAACUUUUCAUCCAGAUGCAAGUUGAAGGUGAGAAACCUGAUCGGCACACUUUAUCUUCGCUUCUUAUUGUAUCUUCUGGGAUUGUGGAUCUACAUCUGGGCAUGCAAAUUCAUCAACUGGUAAAAAAGACAGUUAUCCCAGAUGUUCCAAUAAAAAAUGCCCUUAUCACCAUGUAUUCAAAAUGUGGUGCAAUAAUUGAGGCUCAGACCAUUUUUUAUAAGGUGAAAUUGCAGAAAGAAGUAAUCUCUUGGAAUGCAAUGAUUGGAGGAUAUGCAUCUCAUGGUUAUACUACAGAGGCUUUGGAACUUUUCAAAUUGAUGAAAAGUUUCAAAGUGCAACCUACUUAUAUAACGUUUAUUUCAGUUUUGAAUGCCUGUGCUUAUGCAGGACUAGUUGAAGAAGGUCGAGGGAUAUUUAAAUCCAUGGUUAGUGAAUAUGGUAUAGAGCCAAGGCUUGAACACUUUGCCUCCCUGGUGGACAUUGUGGGUCGGCAUGGACAGCUUCAGGAGGCCUUGGAUUUGAUCAAUAGCAUGCCAUUUGAGCCUGAUAAGAUUGUUUGGGGUGCUUUGUUGGGUGCUUCUAGGGUCCACAACAAUGUAGAGAUGGCCCGUGUUGCUGCUGAAGCGUUGAUGAGACUUGAACCAGAUAGCUCAGUUCCCUAUGUCUUGUUAUACAACAUGUAUGCUGAUGCGGGACAAUGGGAUAAUGCAACAGAAGUAAGAAUAAUGAUGGAAAGGAAAAAUAUCAAGAAAGAAGCAGCCUUUAGUUGGGUAGAUUCCUCCAAGUGAUGAUGCUUGGAAUAUAUGAGUUGUCUGUAUGAAAGGUACAAUUGGUCGGUUGCACUUGUUAAUUUUCUGCUCUGGGCAAAUAAUUGAUUGUCUUCUAGUAAGUAUGAGAGCUCUCAACUUAUGAGAGCUCUCAACUUUGCCAUGUUUGUUUGCUUCACUCUGAAUGCAGGAGAGUGAAGCAAAAAGUAGACAGAGAUGGUACGUUUCAAUGCUAUUUGUUCCUGAUGCUGCUGCCUCAGGUAACAGUAGCUCUGCAGUUCAUGUUAUAAUGGGGCAAAUUGAAGUUUGGAUUCAAGCUGUGUUCUCUUUGCUGAUAAUCUUCGCCAAUUUGUGAAUGGCAAUGAGCAAGAACUAGCUUUAUCAAGUUUGGCUUCAUCUAUCUGGAGGAAUUGAAUAAUUGAAUAGCUGGGUUACUUGCCUGAACAGAUCAUACUAAACUAGUGAUUCGGGUUUCACAGUUUCGCUUUGAAGAGCAAUGUUAUGUGGGGUCUGAUUUCAUUUCUUGAGGCAUCAUUCAUUUCUUCAGGAUCAAUGGUACAAACUCUUUCAAUACUUAGGACAGAUGGUAAAACUUAUUUGGCAGUUGGCACCCUUCUCACAAAGAAAGAAUUUCAACAAGUCUGGAGGACUCAGGAGUUUUGCUGUCUGCAAUGAAGAUUGUUCACAUACACCAACAGCCCAUUACUUCAAGAUACCUUAGAAUACAGAGGGAUAGUGGGUUCCUUCAAUACAUAUACCAGACCAGAUAUCUUCUUCACAAUGAACCAAGUCUGUCAAACACACGUACAUGCACCAUGGGAGACUCUUUUUCAGCAGUGAAACGGAUAAUGCAUUACAUCAAAGAUGGAUACAAUAUAUUCCUUGGACAAAAUUUGCUGUCAUGGUCUGCCAAGCAAUAUUAAAUUUUUUCUUGUUCAAGUGCCAAAGUCAAGUAUACAGAUGUUGCAAGUAUUUUGGCUGAAUUUGUAGCGAGUACUUUUCUUGUAUGAAUCUGUAGUUUUUGUAUUCUUGAUCAUGCAAACUGCUGUCAUACAGCAACUAUAUAAGGCAAUUCAUUAUCUUUUCCUGCUCAUGGGAAGAUUAUUCUCACAAACUCUUAUAAGUGAUAGGUUAUUUCUCAUUUCUGCUUCACAUAAAAUGCACGCAUGCACCACCAUUUUAUUGGCAUUAGGUUAUGGGGGAAAGAAAUUGUAUUAUGUUUUAAACAUCCUGGCCUCUACUUAGACAAUAAUACA